UCGAUGACAGACAGGCGCUUGAAAUUUUUCUGAAUAUCAGAGAUCUGGAUGCUCCCCAUGGAUGAGGAAUGAGAACUCAUGAGGUGGGUUUGAAGAAUGAACUAUGAAUGCCCUCUUGCCCAAGAAGAAGGUCCGCGCGAGCCAUACGAAGUCGAAAACUGGGUGCCGGACAUGCAAGAUACGAAGAGUCAAAUGCGAUGAGAGUAGGCCAUUAUGUCGGAAUUGCUUCUCAACUGGCCGCAAGUGUGAUGGCUAUGGAGUCUGGACAACCGGCACCAUCAACAUCCUUACGACCAAGGAAGUCGUCCCAGUCGUGCAAACUGUAUCUCCUCAGUCUAGCAACGAUUCAUCCCCAGAGCCAAUGAACAUUUCCUUCCUCGUGAAAUUGCCCGGUUUAGUCUCAGCACAGCUAAAUGACGAGGAGCGGCUGUGUUUCGACUUCUUCCGAUCCACGACUAUCGUCAAACUCCCCGGGCUGUUCUACUCCCAUUUCUGGCAGGAACUUGUCCUCCAAGCUUGCGUGCUAGAGCCAGCAGUGCUGCACGCUGUGAUAGCACUGGGUUCUGCACAUAGGAUAGAAGAGGAGACUCUGAGGCCGCGGGGGGCAAUUUCGCUCUUUGAUAGGACUGAACUUAGUCGGCGGGAGGUGUUCACUAUCCAGGAAUACUCGAAAGCUAUCAGCCAUCUCCGGAACCGCAAGACGGAGGAUAAGACUGCUUCGCUUCGGGUGGUACUUAUCACUUGCGUGUUGUUCGUUACGCUCGAUCUUCUGCGAGGAGAGUAUGGCAAUGCCAUGACGCAUACGCAGAGUGGUUGGAAGUUGAUGAGAGAGCUUCAGUCUGGCGGUUCAGACAAAGCGACAUGUCAGCCAGAAGUCGACAUGUCUUCAAACUGUACCACCGUAGACGAAUCUCUAUCCGAAUCGCUCUCAUGUCUGAGUGUCCAAUCCGCAUUAUUCGGCUGCAACACAGCGACAUCACACCUCGAGAUCAGCCAGCCAACCCCACUAUCCGACAUCAAGAUCCCUUCCAGAUUCCGCAACAUGUCCGAAGCCCGGCGGAGCUUCAACAGCGUCCUAGGCGAGGUCCUAGCCCUCUCCCAGAAAUGCCGCUCCUUCGACUUCAGCGGCACAACAUACCCGCCCGACAUGAGCAGCCGACAGGUGUGCCUGCAGAGCGCCAUCGCCUCCUGGAAAAUGGCUUACAGCCGCAGCCGCGACGCGCUCACCCGCCAGGCCAACAACGAACAUACCGUGCUGGGCGUGUUUCUCCUGCGGGUCUUCCUGACGAUGACGUCUAUCAUGGCCGAGACGGCGCUGUGUCGAGGGAAGCAGACGAUUUUCGAUAAUUAUACGUCGCACUUUACGUCGAUUAUCACGCAGACUUUACACCUGCUGAGGCGCUCGGCGCAUAAGAAGAUGGAGAUGAGGGCGCGGUUUAACGACUGGGAGCGCGCGGCGGAUUUCAUCGCCGAUGUGGGACUCUUGCCCUUCACGUACUACACUGCGCUUAAAUGUCGUGUGCCGUGGAUACGACGACAGGCUAUUGCACUGCUCCUAGCGACGCCCAUACGCGAGGGCAUGUGGGAUAGUUUCAUCAUGGGGAACGUAGCGCGGGAAGUCAUGAUCGCGGAAGAAGCUGGGUUCUUCGACUCCUGGGCCGACGAGAUUGACGCGGGCCCGUUCGACUCGCCAGUGGAGAGGAACGAGCGGCUGAAACAUAUACCUGUUCUGCCUGAAUCGUUGAGGUUCUAUGAUGUGGAGCUGGAGAUGCUUGAUCCGGGGAAGGGGUGCGGGAAGUUGAUUUUAAGGAGGCAGAAGCCUGGUGUGGAGGGCGGCUGGGAGGAGGUUGAGCGUUCUUUCGAUUUCUCGGAGCUGACGAAGGGGUGUUAUUCUGAUGUGGACUAUUCGCCGCUCUUUGCUGAUGGUAGUUCUGGGUCGAGUUCUGGAAGUUCUGUUGCGAGUUGAUGUCUGUCACGUGAACCGUACAUCGAGACAAUGCUUUGUAUGCAUGGUUGCUUGGGGAGCGAAACGGAACUAGAUACGGGUUGGCUGGUGUUGCAGAAGAAGAUUUACAAGGCGGUGGGUUGGUCGGCGUUGUCGUUUGCUGGUUUCUGAGAUUCCCCUCUUCGGUUAUAGAUGUACAAAUAUACCAAUGUUCCGCAAGUAACCACGAAAUCCCGUAAGCUAUUCAGUUUACUUCAAGCUUGCAAGACUCGUCGUGAACAGCAAAUUAUCGGAGCACAUUCCAAGAACGUAAAGAGGUAUCAGAAAUCUUUAUAUCAAGUGUUGCAUUGUCAUGUGGGUACGAGGUGGUGAGUUGUGGUAUGUUCUGACGACUCUAGCGUAUUCGGGACGUUAGGUGUGCAUCAUCGGCAUAGACUUUUGG